AUGACUGAACAUCUUAAUCAGCUCAAUGUGGAAAUGCAAGGAAUCGGAAAUACAAUCCCAUCCCUUCAACAAACUUUGUUUGCAUUUGAAAAAAGGCUGGAGUUAUUUAUUGAGGAUCUUGGAACGGGUCGUCUGUUACAUUUCGAAAGGCUGAAAAACUUCAAAGAUGUAAUCACUGCGAAUAAUCCCACUCAUGAUUUCGAUCUCCAGCAGCUAGUUGGCUUCACAUGUAAUCUCCUGCAGUCAUUCAAAGCGCGAUUUGCAGAAUUUUGUGAAAGCAUUAGUCUUUUUAAGUUCAUCACUCAUCCAUAUGAGUGUGCUGUAAACGACGUCGACUUGAGUUACAUUCUUGGUGUCUGCAUCAAAAAUUUUGAGUUAGAAGUUGCUGACCUAAAGGUUUCAGACGUAUGGGUCAACAAGUUCAAAUCACUAAAUGAAAAUUUGGAAACACUUAAACGACAACAAGCGGAGCUCGCGAUCAACCAUAAAUGGACAGAAAAGAAAAAACUUCAACCCGCAGACCAGUUGAUUGUCAAAACUUGGAACGCGCUUCCUACCACUUACCGCACACUGAAAAGAGUGUGUAUUGCUGUAUUGACCAUGUUUGGAUCCACAUAUGCAUGUGAGCAGUCGUUCUAA